UUUGCGGUCGCCUGCUGUUGUCCCGUACAGCAGCCCUUCGCAGUCAACCCCAAACGGUCUUAAUAGGGUUUGGGAAAGAACUAUCUCCACCCCAGUCGGACGUGCUGUAGAACCGGGACAGGAGGUCGUUAACGCGAGUCCGUCGUGUCGCCGAGCUGUGCCGGGAACUCAGGCGGGCACAGGCCGGUGAACGCCCAGCUGCAUCCCGCUGGGCCUGGACGAGAGCAUGGAAGGACAGGACCAGAAGCCCCCGGAGCCCCUGAAGGCCUGUGUGCAGAUGGGGUCUUGCUGUAUAGCCCAGGAUUCUCUCCUUCCCCAAGAGAUCAUCAUCAAGGUUGAGGAGGAAGAUGCUGAGUCACUGGCCAUCCCGCCCCAGGAGGGAAUAAACUUGAAAAUUGUUACUGUGGACUUCACUCAGGAGGAACAGAGCACUUGGAACUCCGCUCAGAGGACCUCAGACAGAAAUGUGGUCCUGGAGAACCACAGGGGCCUGAUCUCUUGGGACUUGGCAACUGCACUUGGAAGAAGUGAAUCAACCUCAAAGCAGAGCAUUUUUGAUGAAGAAUCACCCCAUGGAGUGAAGAUAGAAAGGUUAACAAGAGAUGGUCCUUGGCUUUCUUCCUGUGAAGACAUUUGUGAUUGCAAGGAUCAAGUGGAGAAGCAGCAGGAAAAACAAGAGAAACUUUUUCAGAAAGUGGCAUUCACUCAAAGGAAAGCUGUAAUUCAUGAGAGAAUCUGCAAAAGUAAUGAACUGGAAGAAAAGAGUGGUCUGAAUUCCAGUUUUAUUUCGCUCCCGAUGAUACCCAUAAGAAACCAUUUUCAUAAACAUUUAUCACAUGUUAGAAAAUUGCAUUAUAGUUCUUGUGCAAGCAAUCAUCAGAACAUUAAUGACAGUGAUAAAAUGUGUGAAAACAAUGAAUUUGGAAAGACCCCUCAGAACAUUCACCUCAUUCACUUUACAAGAACUUCAAAGAGAGAUAAAUCCUGUGAAUUGAAUGACAGUAUUCAGCCCUUUACCCAUGGUACAUCUCUAAGUAUACAUGAAAAAAUUCAUGCAGGAGGUAAAACCUUAGACUUUAAGGAAUGUGGGCAAGUUUUGAACUGUGAUAUAUCCCUUGAACAACAGAGAAUGACUGUUGAGCAGAGUCAAUAUAAAUGUAGUAUAACAUCUCCCCUUGUUCAAAACACAAGAAACCAUUCUGAAGAGAAACCCUUUGAGUGUAAUCAGUGUGGGAAAUCCUUCAGCUGGAGCUCACACCUUGUUGCUCAUCAGAGAACUCAUACAGGUGAGAAGCCUUAUGAAUGCAAUGAAUGUGGGAAAUCCUUCAGCCGAAGCUCACAUCUGGUUUCCCACCAAAGAACACAUACUGGAGAGAAGCCCUAUAGGUGUAACCAGUGUGGCAAAUCCUUUAGCCAGAGCUACGUCCUUGUGGUGCACCAGAGAACUCACACUGGAGAGAAGCCUUAUGAGUGCAGCCAGUGUGGGAAGUCAUUCAGGCAGAGCUACAAACUUAUUGCACAUCAAAGAACUCAUACUGGAGAGAAGCCCUAUGAAUGUGAUCAGUGUGGGAAAUCGUUUAUCCAGAGUUAUAAACUUAUUGCACAUCAAAGAAUUCAUACUGGAGAAAAACCCUAUGAAUGCAACCAAUGUGGGAAAUCCUUUAGUCAAAGUUAUAAACUUGUAGCCCAUCAGAGGACUCACACAGGAGAAAAACCUUUUGAAUGUAAUCAAUGUGGGAAAUCUUUCAGCUGGAGCUCUCAGCUGGUAGCACAUCAAAGAACACACACUGGAGAGAAGCCCUAUGAGUGUAAUGAGUGUGGGAAGUCUUUUAACCGCAGCUCCCACCUUGUUAUGCAUCAGAGGACUCAUACUGGAGAGAAACCUUAUGAAUGUAACCAGUGUGGGAAAUCCUUCAGCCAAAGUUAUGUUCUCGUAGUGCACCAGAGGACUCAUACUGGAGAAAAGCCCUAUGAAUGCAGCCAGUGUGGGAAAUCCUUCAGGCAGAGCUCAUGCCUUACUCAACAUCAGAGAACUCAUACGGGGGAGAAGCCCUACGAAUGCAACCAGUGUGGGAAAACAUUCAGCUUGAGUGCUAGACUUAUUGUACAUCAGCGAACUCAUACUGGAGAGAAACCCUUUACUUGCAAUCAGUGUGGGAAAGCUUUCAUCAACAGCUCUAAACUUAGUAGGCAUCAGGCAACUCAUAACGAAGAGAAGCUGUAUGAGUAUAACUAGCAUAGAAUCCUUCAGGCAAAAUGUAUUCCUUUUACUUCCAUACUUUCAAAAAUUUGUUUUUGUGAGAGUGCAUUUAGUGGGAAGAACUAAUAUAAAAACAAUGUACAUGGAAAAACUUUUGUUUAUCCUUGCUAUUGUAUACCUGGAAAUUUGUUCUAAAGAAGAAAAGGGGUGGGGAAGUCUAUGAAUUAUAUUUAAAUUUGGCAAUUCCACAUGCAAAAUUACCUUGGGCCAGGUGAGGUGGUGCAUCCCUCUAAUCCCAGCAAUUCAGAGGUGGAAGCAAGCAGAUGGUGAGUUUGAGGUCAACCUGGGUGACAUAAUGGGACAGUGUCUCAAAGAAAAAUUAUACUUGGCUCUUGUGAGCAUUCCUGCAAAGUAAUAAACACACUUUCCUUUGCAGAAAGCACUCAGACAUGAGUCUUAGAAAACUAGUGAGGUAGCUCUCAAAAAGUAAAUGAAAUGCCCUCACAGGUGGAUUUGCAGUAGGGAAGAUGGUUACAGUUUUUAGAAGUUAGGCUGGAAAACAAUAUUUCAGUUACCAUUUUUCAUUUAGGUAGUUUGCAGUCUUUUUGGCAUAGCACUGUUCAUUACAAAUUGAGGAAUUUCUACAAUUAGGACAUGGCUAUGGCGUGGGAAUGAAAAAUGCUGGGAAAC